AUGGGGGAGGGGGACAUUGACCACCUGCGGAUGGAUGUGCGGUGCAGCGUGGGCCAGGCAGGUGGAUUUUACUUUGCCGUUAGGGGAGCUGCUAGCCCAGCACAGGCGCACCCCGCCUACCUAGUCAUGCUGCGUAGGUACCUGCUCAGGCGCAGGCAUCACAGGCGCAAGCGCACCCGCUGCACACUGCACUGCACUUCCUUCCCUGCCCGUGGUCUGCAAGAUACGUACCCUCAAUCGUUUCCACCUCACCUCAACUUGCUCAACACGCUGACUUUCAGUACCUACUAUGCCAGCAUGCUCCUCUGCUCGCCCGCUUUGGCAUCUGAUGACGAGGGAGGGAGAGACGCCGAGAAGACGGCGCGUCCGCCGUCCCACCUCAGCAUCUUCCUACGUCCAGGCUGGCAAGCUGGGAGCUGGGAGCCGGAGCUUGGGGAGCGCUGGACCCCGUCAAUAACCUCCUUGAACCUUGCCCAUCCUGACAUCCUUACAGAUACCCUUUUCUUUCUUCCUUGGACCUUGGUGACCCCUUGCUUCGCGGGCCCCCGGCAAUACGUCCAAUCAUUCAGCCCCGUCCCGUCCCAUGCUGCUGCUAGCCCCGGCAAUGAGCAGAGGGAUGGAUUUCAGUCGCACACCUUGGCCACAUUCGGCACUCUCGGACAGGGGGCCACUCGGGGACCAACGAAGCUGGGCCCUGGGAGGCGGGAAAAGGGAAGUGCAGCCUGUGCAGGACUACUCCGUACGGAUUACUACAGCAUUGGCGAGUCACUCUUUUGCAUCCUGACCGGCACCCAUGAACACUGGCAAGUUGCAACUGAGAUGGCCUCUUCUCCUUUGGGAUCCCCUGAUGCCCGAAUCCAUCUUGGGGUCGUGUGCCCGCCGCUUAUUGAGGGCCAGGCCUGGGUCGGUUUUCGCCGGUCGGCAGCACCAGCAGCCCACGAAAUGACGAUACGACGCCGGGCGCGAUGCUCUACUCCAUACACCUUGCUUCACGGUCACCUUGCCUUACCUUUACUUCGUAUACAAAACGUACCUGACGAGAGAAACAAUGAGCUGAAGCGUUCCAUCGGGUACACGACUGAUACUGCGGUUGCCCACGACGAGAAGUGGCCUUUCACAGCAUUUUCCAUCCUCCGUACAACCACACCCAAACAAAAACAAGAAACAACUCGUCUCUCGUUGCCAUUUCACAAGACAGAAGCUGGGUUCACCCUUGGGACGCGGCAGAAGAAAGGACGAACAGGCGAACAGACGCUGAAGGACCGGUGUCCCAUGCUCCCAACCUGCGUAAACCACCCUACAAGUACUCACCCUCCGCAACGAAUCAUCGUCACGGAUUUCGUCCAAAUUCCGACGGGGCGGGCAGCUCUGGCCUUUCCUGCAGGGGCAAAUAACGACGUUCCAUUGCUAAAUGGCCUGACGGGCCAUGGCUCCCCCACUCAUCUACCAACCGCACCGAAGCAGACAUCCUGGAACGGAAAUGUUUUCCCCACCCCGGAGCGAACCACCUGGCACCCACCUCUGCCACCGACGUGUCGGAGCUUCCCCCCUUCCCGCUUCCUUCAAUCCUGUAAUCGCCCACCCACGGCACCUAGAACCACGAGAACCCUCUGCACAGAUGUUGGCUUGGGAGCUUGGCACCGCCAUUUCUCAUUUCUCCGAGCUCUCGAAACCUUGGCUUCCGACUACUACCUGAGGUCGCUUGUUGAAUCCGCGCUUCCUUGGAUUGCCGCUCUCUCUCCAGUCCCAAGACUUGGGUCAUGUUUGUUCCUCGCGGCAGGGUUCGUCGUAGGCGCCGGCGGGGUGCACAACGAUGACUCUCGUGCACAACUUCAAUCCGGACAAUUGUCCAAGCGGCCAUUCCCCCCCACGACCUGGCCCCUUGAUGACAAGGCUUUUGUUCCAGCAAAAGAUGAAAUCCACUCGAGUCGUCUUGCCAAGCAUCCGAGUUGCAGCUUCACCUUGAAAUACCCAAGCCAGCCCCUUGGCCAAGAUUGGAGGCGCGGCGAAGCGGAUCAACCAACUCAAAGUCGUUGCAUCUCAACACCCCCGUCGCUUGCUCGUCGGCCCUGUCCUUCCCCCCUUCCUUUCCCUCUGGUGCGAUCCAUGGCGUCGACUCUUGACACCUUGCGAAACACUCUCGCAAGCCACCAUCGCCACUUGGGAGGGCUAACGAGUGGUGAUCCUCCAUGGAAGACGCGUGGCGAGAGCACAUCGUGCGACUUGGUGAUCCCCAAUCCUGCCGAGAGCAUCGCAUCCUACCGCCUCCAACCCCUUUGCGAGACGAGAGAACGCGGCGCUCGUGCAGAUACGCAGCAUCAUAUCCCAAGCAACGGUGCCCAGAGUGUCCCACGGUGCAUCUCCAGGUGCAUUUUGCGAGCUAAUGCGACUCUGAACUUUUCCCCGGAAAAGUUUCCGCUGGUCCCGGAUUGUAAAUGA